UCUUGUGUGGACAGAUUUGCAGGUAGUGAUUUAAAGUUAACAAUAAUUUAAGGUCGCACAAUGGAGGUUUUCCGGUGAAUAUUAGACCAAUAAGACAUAUAAAUCGACCCGAAAUGCUAUAAAACAUGUGGAUUUACAUUCCCCUUGAGAAGAAGUUUCUGUGGCGCGUGUUUUUGCUGCUCACUUGGACUGCUGUACAGACUUUCGGAGCUUCUUUCUAUGGAGAUGGUUUUGUGCAUUUGAAAACAGUUGAGUUGUCAAGUCAGACAUCUAUCCAUGUACGGUUUCGAACCUCUGGAUCCAGUGGACUGCUGUUUUUGGCAGCCGGAGAGAAGGACUUCCUCUGGGUCGGGCUGCAUUCUGGCAGAAUAGAGGUGCGGAUUGAGUUUGGAUCUGGGGAACGGACUGUUCGCUCUGAGAAGGGUAUCCCUUUGAAUGAUCUGACCUGGCAUGCAGUAGAACUCCAGCAUGACCAUGAAAACAUUACACUGACUGUGGACAAAAACUCUGUAACAACUGUAAGGAUGCCAGGGCCUGACCUUGAGCUGGACGUGCAGGAUGGUCUUUUUGUCGGAGGCGUUGGAGAUCUGGAAAAAUCCUACCUCUCAGCAGAUGAUUCUUCUUUUGGCUUUCGAGGGUGUGUGGAUGAGGUUCUUUUCAAUGAGCAUAACCUUCUGUCGUCCCUUAGGCCAUACUCUGGAUACAAAAUGAUUCAUGAAGUGUCACUUGGUUGCAGUCCAGAAUUCUCAGCAACUGUCAACAAUUCAAUAAGUUUCUUCAGUUCCAAAGCGUACAUGUCAUUGCCAAUGUGGGACGUACCCCAAGAAGGUGUAUUUGAAUGUGAACUUCGGACAGUAUAUUCAGAGGGGAUCUUUUUAUACAGCUCUGCAGGCCAAGGAGACUACAUUGCCCUGGAGAUCCAAAAGGGUCACCUUGUUGGCAUCCUAAAAAUAGGUGCAACCAAAACAGUAUUGCGUUCAUUGAUGGUCGUCAAUGAUGGGGCAUGGCACAUUUUGCGGCUUUAUCUGUCUCCUUUAAAUCUUCAGUUUACUCUUGGUUUGGAGAUGCACAAUUCUAGCUUUGGGAUUAAUGCCAGUGCAUUACAGUUUAUUGGGCCUCUUUUUCUAGGAGGGGUGGAUGCCAAUACUUACACAGACGUCCGCAAGAAUGGACUGCUGUCUAUGUUAGGCAAGCGUAUAGCAGGAGGGUCAUUUAAAGGCUGUCUUCGAAAUAUCAGAGUUAAUUACCAAAGGAUGGGCCUUCCAAAAGCAUUGGUUACCAAGGACAUAUCUGUGGGUUGUGAACCAGAAAAGCUAUUUGGUCCUACUACUACAAGUCCAUCAACUAACGCCUUAUAUUCUGAAAAUUAUACAGAUGUUCCAGCUGAGCUGGACAAAAGGAAUUUUCUUUUACUCAAAGAUUUAGAGGUUCUUGAAGGUAGUCGAGCACCACUUGAGUCUAAACACAUAAAGAUUAAUCUAGACUUCCGUAAGCUUGGGAUCCGUCAGUCACAGAUUAUGUUUCGUAUUGAGGAGCAGCCAGUCCAUGGGCAACUCCGACUAGAUGUUGACUCUGAUUUGGGCGAGAACACCUUUAGUAUGCUGGACCUCUGGCACAAAAGGGUCAUGUAUGUCCAUGGAGGAUCUGAGGAUCUAUUUGAUUUUUUCAUGUUUUCUAUCUUGACCAGCAGCAAAAAGGAAGUGCCUAGCUAUCUCAAAGGGAACCGCCUGCACAGAUUCAACAUCAGUAUAACACCUGUCAAUGAUGCUCCUGAACUUAGUCUUCCUGAAGGCAGUCUCUUCAUUAUGGUGGAGCACUCAAGACGUCAUUUGAGCACAGAUGUCCUCAGAGUCAUCGACCCUGACACAAACUCAACAGAUCUUAAGUUUACAGUGCUUGGAAACCUGAUUGUUAACUCAGGGUUUAUAGAAAUUGACGAACACCCAGGCAAAGCAGUGACAUCCUUUUCCCUAAGUGAUCUAGAGCAGGGUAAAGUGAAUUAUGUGCACAAAGGUGUCAAGAACUCCAGAAUGGCACUUAGAGUAAGUGAUGGGGACAAGGUAAGCAACACUGUGGUAUUUAGGAUCAUCGCUGUUCCCCUAGAAUACAAGCUCACCAACAAUACUGGAGUAGAGGUAAUCCAAGGGGAUGCAACCUUUAUUAGUAACAAAAAUCUUGCUAUUCAAGUGAACGUCCCUAAACAAGCAGUGGAUAUUCGCUAUGAUAUCACAGUGCCACCAGUCUAUGGUGAGCUGCAAAGGCUACAUUCAAGUGGGCAGUGGAAGCAAACAAGCACAUUUACACAGAAACUUUUGGAAAAGGAGCGUCUCCGAUACCUCAGCACCUUCCAUGGGACACAGCAAAGUAAUAUCACAGACAGUUUCAAAUGCAAAGCCACACUUGGCUCAGUCAUUACUGAAGAGUUUUUAUUUCUGAUUAGAGUUCGCUGGAUACGAUACAGAAUCACCAAAAAUAAGGUUGAGAUAGAGGGUAAACAAAAAGUCACAUUGUCACCUCAAGAAUUUCAUGUUGUCACCAAGGGUGCAAGACUUACGGAAAAUGACCUUCACAUUCGUUUGUUGACAUUACCAAGGAAAGGACAUCUUCUUCUUGAUAAUAAGACUUUAAAAAGGAACUCUACUUUUAGCCAAGAUUACAUUGCUAAACACAAGUUACAAUAUGAGCUCUUAGAAAAGGCACAUGAUGAUGCAAGGGACAUGUUUCAUUUUCAGGUUUUCUCAAAAUAUGCCAUGUCGGGGAUCCAUGAGUUCAAAAUCAGUAUUAAAGCAGAUAUUCAUGAUAUAAUUUUAAGUAAUCAUGGACUUUCUGUCUUGGAAGGGGAGAGCAAAGUCAUUACUAAGACGAUGCUUUUCUCAGAGACAGCCAGCUCCCGAAUGGUACACUACACUGUUACUAACAUCCCUAAACAUGGGAUACUGCAGAAAAUAAAUCUCUCCAAUUCCUCUUCAAGAAAUGACACCAUAACAGAGUUUACUAAUCAGGACAUUUUGGAUGAACGCAUAAUGUAUGUCCAUGACGAUAGUGAAACCACACAGGAUGCAUUCAGGUUCGUGGCUUCUUUUGGCUCUCUGAAAAAUAAGACACUCGGCACGGAGGGUGUAUUUAAUAUUUCCAUUCAGCUAGUUAAUGAUGAGAAACCAGUUCGUGUUGUGGAUAAAGUCUUCCAUGUGGUGCAUAACAGCCAGCGGUUACUUACACUGGAAGACUUGUGCUACCAUGAUCCGGACACAGACUUUGAUGACAAAGAUCUGCUUUAUACCAGACGAAAGAUCCCCACGGGUGAGCUAGUCCUGGUAAAUGACACCACACACAAGCUUUAUCAAUUCCAUCAGAGGGACUUAGAAGAGAAGAGAGUGCUGUUCAUUCACAAAGGAGCAAGUUAUGGUCGCUUCGUCCUCUUCAUAUCAGACAGCAAACACUACACAUCAACAGUACUUGAAGUGUCAGCCCAGGAUCCGUUUGUUGAAGUGGGCAACAACACGGGUCUUUUGGUACAGAAAGGGCAGGCAGCCAUUUUAGGAGUUGCUAAUUUCAGUAUUUCCACUAAUAUGGAUGUCAGGCAUGAUGAAGAAGUGGUCUUUGAGGUCUUUCUACCACCAAGCCAUGGGACUCUUUACUGCAAUGGAAUCAAAACAAAUACUUUCACACAACAUGACGUAAAGAUGGAUCAUGUAAUAUAUCAUCAUGAUGACAGCGAAAUCCUGGAGGACUUUUUUAACAUCACCAGCAAAGUGAAAGGUCUGCAUCUGGAUGUAAGUGUGGACAUUAAAGUGUAUCUUGAGAGUCAUCAGCAGCCCCCAACAGUCAUUCACAAUAACCCAAUCUUGGUGGAUGAAGGAAAGCCUGUUAAAAUCACCAAGCAAGUUCUCCAGGUUAUUCAUGAGGAUAACAAACCUUACGAGAUUUUGUAUACUGUGAAGGUGGCACCCGCUCAUGGUUUUCUGAGGAUAUCUAUGGUGGAAGAAAGUCACUACCGUGGCAGCCAGGAGAGUCCCAUAGAGAGCUUUUCACAGGGUGAUAUUAAUGAAGGGCAUGUUCAGUAUGUUCAGACAGAGAAAGGGAAUGUCAAUGACUCCUUCUCACUUGAUGUAACCAAUGGCAUUCUAACAUUACAUGGUCUUAUAGUAGUAGUGGACAUUAUCCCCUUGCACAUCCCACUAGAGGUGUCCAAUAUGACCCUCAUAGAGGGUUCCUCUAAAGCUCUCACUCAGAACAUUAUCAAAGUCGUUAACCGACACUUUCAAGGCCUCCAAAUCUUCUAUCUUGUAACCGAGGGGCCCCAUCAUGGUCGAAUUGAGCAUUCAAGAAUCCCUGGUGUACCUAUUCCAUCUUUCACAAGAGCUCAAGCUGAACAAGGGUUCAUUUUCUAUGUCCAUGAUGGAAGUGAGACAGUGGCUGAUAAUUUUACAGUGGUGGCCAAUGAUACAGAUAUUCGGAAGCAAAGUUUGCCUUUUGUGGUUUAUGUCGACAUAACACCCAUAAAUGAUGAAUCUCCAAUUAUAACUGUCAACAGGAUUCUCAAGGUAUGGGAAGGUUCUGUGACACAAAUAACUAAUGAAGACCUCAGUGCGGAGGAUCCAGAUUCUCCUCCUGAGAGCCUAGAAUUCAUCGUCACUCCACCAAAUAAUGGGCAUUUGGCCCUGAAGAAUGCCCCCUCUAGGCCAGUUCUGAACUUCACCCAAGAGCAUAUCAGUCAUGGCCAGCUGGUGUUUGUACAUAAUGGUGCUAUGUCUGGAGGAUUUCACUUUCAAGUCAAUGAUGGUUUGAACUUCGCUCCAAGGCAAAUCUUCAGCAUUACAGCCCAAUCUCUGAUCAUUAGCUUAGAGAAAAAUAAGGAGCUCAGAGUUUUCCCAGGUUCUUCAAAGUUAAUUUCGGAAGAUGAGCUGCUGAUUCUCACAAAUGACUAUGAUGAUAUUCAUGGCAAUCGCACCAUCAUCUACACAGUAACUUCACCUCCAAGAUUGGGAAGCCUAAUCUGGAAACAAGCAGAAAAUUCCACACAAGAAAUCUCGACUUUCACCCAGACUAUGGUGAAAGAAAGUGCUGUGCUGUAUGCACAGACUAAACCUGUUGCAUGGGCUGCUACAGAUUCCUUUACCUUCACAGCAUCAUGCCCUCCAGCCUUCCUUCAACCUCACACCUUUAAUAUCCACAUCUCUUAUGAAAACACUGAUCAGGAGCAUAGGAGUGCACUGCAUGCAAAUACAGGAGCUGUUGUCGCUGAGGGUAGCAGUGUUCUCAUUGAUAAAUCAAAAUUGGAUGGCUCCAACCUUUUGGGAAUGUUAGAUGAAGAUGAACGCAAUUUCUAUGAGGUCUGGUAUGAAAUCAUCUCUCCACCCCACCAUGGUACAAUUGUUGUAGGGGAAAAGAAUCUGACGCAUGAAAGACCAAAGUUCUCUCAAAUCAACCUCCACAAGCAUGGAAUCAUAUAUGUGCAUGACGACUCGGAGACCACUCAUGAUAACUUCACUUUUAACGUGUGGCUAAACCCCAAAGGAAAGCUUGCUCAACGUCCCCAGAAAGCAGAUAACAUGAUAUCUGAAAUAUUUAAUAUUACUGUGACCCCUGUUAAUGACCGACCUCCUGUGCUCAAGACAGGAUCCCCUAGACUCAAAGUGGUCAAAGGGGACACUGUGACUUUGGACACUGAGAACCUUUACGUGGAGGACCAAGACACUCCACCUGAGGAGAUUUACUAUACUGUAAUCAGCAGGCCUAAAAAUGGCUUCCUUGCUUUGGAGGGUCAACUUAACAAGUCUACACUGAAUUUCACCCAGGCUGAUGUAAAUCAUGGAAAGGUGCAUUUUGUGCAACAAGGGGAACUCUCAUCCGGGGUCAUUUACUUCAGUAUUACUGAUGGAUUCCACAGACCACUUUACAAGUUGUUCAGCAUAGAGGUUGAGAAUAUCACCAUCAGUGUGGUCAACAACACUGGACUGACUCUGUUGCAAGGUCAGACCACAGUGACUUUGACAUUUGAGCACCUGGCCGCAGUCACCAACGAGAGGGAUGCAUCCAUUAGAUAUUUAGUUACCGCCCAACCAAAUCAUGGGAGUAUCAUGGUUAUGGAAGAGUCUGUCACACACUUUGAGCAAGAGGACUUGCACACCGGCAGAGUAUUUUAUCACAUGACUGAUCUAUCAUCCUCUCAAGACAGCUUUGAGUUCACAGUCUUUACAUCUGAGAGUAACCUGACCAACCAGGUGGUGAACAUCACAGUCAGGCCACUGAUUCACAUCGGAGAGCAUGUCAGGAUCCCAGAUGGCAUCCCAGUUAAGCUAAGAAAGGACGUCCUGGAUGCAACAGAAUUGGCUUCCCUUAGUGCUAGCGAUCCCAUCUUUGAAAUCCUUGAGCCACCUAAACAUGGCAAACUAGUCAAAGUCACAUUUGACCACGGAGGAGCCCCUCACUCAGUCCAGUCCUUUUCAUUUCGGGAUGUGGAACAGGGGAGAGUGGCUAUUGUAGAAAACAUAAACUUCCAUGCCAUUUAUAGCAACACAACAGCAGCCAGGCACAACGUCACAACGGUCCAUCCACUUAAUGACUCAUUUGUUUUCCUUUUGACGGCUGCCAAUGUUCAGCCUGCCAUGGGCGAGUUUGUGUACUUAGUAUUACCAUUUGAUCCCAUUACAGGGAAGCAUAUACUUUUAGAGCCAACCAAGCUGCCAACUUUCAACAUAACAACAAAUAAUAUGUCACCCAUGUACCCUCCAUCGCAUAUAGAUCCAACAAGUAGACCACACAGGACUGCUUCAAAACUGAAACCUCGAAAGCAUUGGGGGAACCACACAAGAAAUAGAUCUGCGGUUCCACAUGUGCCCCGUACCACAAUGGGCAAGCUGGACCCCUUCCCAAAAAAUACUUUAGUGAGGAUGGAAUCUUUUCCAAGACCUGCAUCUGACCCCCUGCUCAUCAUCCUGCCACUUCUAGCCUGCCUCCUCCUGAUUGUCAUUCUUGUGGUUCUCAUUCUUGUCUUCCGGCACCGCAGGGAAAAACGGGCACACCCGUCAAUGAUACAAGGGCUGACAGGGAACCCUGGUGAAGAUAUUCUAGCCAGAGGCCCAUAUUUGGGUCAGCCUGAGAGAAGUCUUGCUGUUCCAUCAGUUAUAGUAACCCCACUCACACCAAGCUGCCCUGACAGCCCUGUUUUAGAAGUACAUGAUCCUGCCUUGAUGCCAGCAAUGGAACGAUCUGUGUCUCCAUUUCUCCUUUGCACAUGGAGCCCACUUGACCCUGUUUCUGCCCAGCAAUGCUCACCAGCGACACCAUCCCUUAAACAAAACCAGCAAUGGGUUUGACUCAACUCCUUUUAUCACAUCCAGAUGUUUCUUGAACUAAUUUUGUGAACUGUCAUUGUGCAUGUCGAGCCAACUCUUAGCAUUACUGGCAGAAGAAAUGAAGUUUUAUACCACGCAUAAGAGAAACCUAAAUAUCUACUUGUAUUUUUGAUAGCAUUUGGAUUUUAAUCUUGUGGACUGAAGAUCUCCUGACUUUGUAUCAAAGGAAAGAUGACCAAAUAACUUUUUGAUGUUGUCCAGUUUUCAUCCUGCCACAGCGUAGAUAUUUUAUUGUUUUGUUUCAUACGAUUGGAAACCAUUUUUGUUGUUCCAGGGUCAAUGUAAUUUGCAAUUACAUAUUCCAUUAAAUGCUGUCAGGGGAAAAUA